UUCUCUGUCUAUGGUCUUCGCGGGGCCGAUGGGAGGUCGGUGUGCACAUUCCUCCCCCAUUACCUCACACUCGGAGAAGGGGCCGCCGGGAUCGUGGAGGACCUGUACUCUUCUGCCUUGCUUCAGCUCUGUUUAGCCGGCGGCGAGCCCUCGGUUGCUCGUCCGGCUUGGCUGUGCGGUUCCUUCCCACAGCCUGCCUUGCCCUCCCCUCCCCUGCCCCGCUGGGUCCCCUUCCUCGGCUCUGGCCCGCCCUGGCCCAUGGCUCCAUGAAGCGCGGGGCAAUAGAGGUGGCGGUGGUGGCGGCGGCGGGGAGGCAAGAGCAGGAGCGGCGGCGGCGGCGCUGGUGGCGGCGACGGUGGCUGGGCUGAAAAAGGUGACCGGGGUAGGGAGCCGUCUCCGCGCCAGGAAAAGAGAAGAUUUGGGAACAGGAAUGGGCCAUGAGAAGAGAAAAUUCAUUCCAGAUAUAAAAUAGCUUCUCCUACUUGCCCACUUCACCCUUGGCAAUUCAAGGUUCUGCUUUCAGGUUCUACAGUGCUCCAGACAGCAAGUGCUGAAUCAGGAUGGGAAAAAGACGCUGUGUUCCUCCACUUGAGCCCAAGUUGGCAGCAGGCUGUUGUGGGGUAAAGAAACCCAAAUUGUCUGGAAGUGGAACACACAGUCACGGGAAUCAAGCCACAACUGUGCCAGUCUCUAGUUCAGGUCCUCUUCAGAACCACCAGCAUGCAGAUGGGGGCAAUGGAAGGGAGAACGUAUCAGAUUUGACUUUAUGCCCUGGAAACUCUCCAAUUACUCGAAUGAAUCCCACUUCAGGAGCAUUGAGCCCACUCGCCCGGCCUAAUGGAACUGCCAACAGCACCAAAAACCUAGUGGUGACAGCGGAGAUGUGCUGCUACUGCUUUGAUGUACUCUACUGUCAUCUUUAUGGUUUCCCUCAGCCACGACUUCCUCGAUUUACCAAUGACCCCUAUCCACUCUUUGUGACAUGGAAGACAGGGCGGGACAAGCGACUUCGGGGCUGCAUUGGAACUUUCUCUGCCAUGAAUCUUCACUCAGGACUCAGGGAAUACACAUUAACCAGUGCACUUAAGGACAGCAGAUUUCCACCCCUGACCCGUGAGGAGCUGCCUAAACUUUUCUGCUCUGUCUCCCUCCUCACUAAUUUUGAGGAUGCCACUGACUACUUGGACUGGGAGGUGGGAAUCCAUGGAAUCAGAAUUGAAUUCAUCAAUGAGAAAGGUGUCAAACGCACAGCCACAUACUUACCUGAAGUUGCAAAGGAACAAGAUUGGGAUCAGAUUCAGACAAUAGACUCCUUGCUCAGGAAAGGUGGUUUUAAGGCUCCAAUUACCAAUGACUUUAGGAAAACGAUUAAACUCACCAGAUACCGCAGUGAGAAGGUGACAAUCAGUUAUGCAGAAUACAUGGCUUCUCGUCAGCAUUGUUUUCAAAACGGCACUCUUCAUGCCCCACCCCUCUACAAUCAUUACUCCUGACACAAGGCUGCAUGACCAGUCCCGCCCCCCACCUGCCACUAACAGCUAUGACAUCAUUGGAGCAGAUGCCUCCUCUUCCUGGUCCAGUUACUUCUAUUACUGCACCAUUUUAUGAUGCUAGCUUCCGUUGCCAAGCCUGCCUUCCAGCUGAGGGGUGGGGACUACCAGGGGAUGCAACUGAACUUCAGGGUCCCAAGCCUUACCUCAUCCUUCCUUCAGAAUGAGGGUUCGUUUGGAUUGAGGCUCCAAGGUUAACAGUUGCAGUUGAGUAGAGAGAACCUUGAGGAAUGGCAGUACCACUUCAGAUUGCUCCGUCUCUGUGUUAAAUUGCACUGUGUUCAUUUGAAUGGUUAAUUAUGAGCGCCCCCUUGAUCAAGUAAGAGAGUUCUCCUGGCAGUCUGGGCAACGGAGUCCAACAAAAGAUUUUUAGGUUAUUUUUAAUUUUUUUUUAAUCUCAGAUAUUUAUCUACCAUGAGCUGAUUAGUCCUAACACAUCCCAGGCAAGCAGAUGACAUGACUUGUUACAAGGACGGUAUGUCUGCAGGGUUUCCUCCUCCUCCUCCUUGCAGAAGAUGGCAGUCGUUAAAAGAUUUGAAAGGGAAAACAAUAUUUACUACAGAUAAAACCAUUGCUUGCACAUAUCCAGGAGGUUUUGGUUCUCACAUCUAGCUGCUCUUGCUUUUGACACAGAAGGAAAGUAGCAUAUGUGAGAGGAUAAUAAUGCAUGUAUGAAGGUGAAGUGCUGUGGGUUGUGUAUGGGAGUUGCUUAGGUUUCAUUGUCUCCCAGGAAUAUAAAUCUCCCUCUUCUUUGGGUUUCUUCUUGGUGUCUAACUUAAAAUACUAUCUGCAGUUGGAUGGGCACAGAUCUCUCCCCACAAAGCCAUCUUUAGUAAUAAAAAAGUCUGUGAAAGUUGUUUAUAGGAAACACUAUGAGGCCUCUAUUUUUAACAGGCAGCAGUUUUCUCUAGCAUGAUCCUAAUAUCCAGGUAAUGAAACACAGUAAACGUUAGCCUUUAAGCGGUUAUCAAAUACAGGUGUCAUUGUUGCACUGGUGCUUCAGCCCUAAAUACAGGUAAUCAAAUUGGUUCCAAUUGAAAUUGCUUCCAGAUAAGUAUACUUAUAACUGGAAACUGAGGAAUGUUUUCUACCCACACAUACAAGUUAACUCAGAUCCAUGUUUGAGUAUCCUGUGGAUUUUAAAACUUCCUUUCCUAUUGUUGCUGAAUACCAGUUCACUGAAUAGUAAAUGGAAACUUUUUUUCCAUUCCCCUAUCCCAGUUCUCCUGUGUGAGUCACUAAGUGAUAUCAUGAAAGCAGGUAUUAUGAUUCCUCUUAAAUGAAUCCACAGGAACUACAAAAUAGUAACGCAGGACUUUUGAAAAUCUUGGUAAGCUGCUUGAUAGUAAAUUAAAAAAAAACUACCAGGGGGAAAGCAUAGUAUAAUAAGAGCUUAAUACAAUAUAUGCAGUAUGCGUAACAGUAACUUUUAUAGGUGAAUGACUGAAAUCCAGAAAUUGUCUAGGAAUUAUCUUCUACUAUGGGGUGUAAUUUUCCAGAUCUUUGCCCUAGUGGGAGAAAGGGGUAAAUGCCUUCUAUCUUGAAGCAAAGCCUCAAAAGCAGCCUGAAUAGAUGCUGCAUCACUUGAAGUAUAAAUAGACAUGAAUAAACCAUAUGUACUGGUGAGCAGAAUUUGCCAGUAUCUGGCUUGGUUGCACCAAGGCAAACAAAGGCUGGAAGAGGGCAAAUGUAUAUUCUCUUCCUUGUAACAGACCCGUUCAGAGUCUAGGAUGCCUCCAAAUUGCAUAUUUUUCUACCACUACUGUUCCUUCUCAUGUCUCAGAAGAAAAUGUAACUUUGCAAUUCUAGUUGACAAUGAACACACAUCUAGAUGUGAGGAAAAAAAGAAGAGCUCAUAUUCCAGAUAUCGGCAGCACCGCCCAAGCUUUGGUUUUGUACUGGAUUGUUCAUAUAUGGAUUGCCACUUUUCCCCUUCUGAUGAUGAUGAAAUGUGUUUGAAUAUGAAGGGACUGUUCCAUGAUUUCCUGCUACUGAGAAUAAAUCAGCCUUCUUACAAAUUAGAGUGAUUUGUAGUUACUGUUCCAGAUGCCCUGGACUUACUGGAGAUUGUAUUGGAGAGAGGUGAGUUCAGCUGUGGUUAUGCCAUCCGUCUGUGCUCUCAGUAUUGAAACAUAGGGCUACACUAAUUACUAUUCAAGUGUUCUAUGUUAGAAUUUAAAUUGUAAAGAUUUUUUAAAGCAAAAAGGAAAAAAAUGGUGCUAACUUUCACCCCUGAGCACAUUCGGUGAGACUGGUCAUGCAGGCAUAUAGUGCCGGGCUAUUCAAUCUUGCUUUUUUAAAAACAAAAAUGUUUGCCCUGUUACGUGUCUUCAGCAGUGUAUAGUGUUAAUUAUUUGAUUUCAUUUUAAUGGGGUGGGUGGGUUAGGAGCCAGGUGGAAGGUUUAAUUGCCAUUUUAAAGAGCAGACUUUUAGGAGUGACUUUGACCAACUUGGUUUAAUUUUAUCAUUACACUGAAGUUAGAUUGGUUUGGGGAUGAGAGGUGGUCUCAUUCCCUGCCCCUGUUUCCAUCUAACCACGUAGUCUGUAUAAAUGGAAAUGCCUCUGUUAAAGUUGGAUUGUGGUGUUUUCUUGUAGUAAGUGGAAUAGCAAGCAGGCCAUGAAGCACGAAACAGUCCUCUGAGAAAUGAGCACACUUCGCAUUGAUCUCAUAUGGAAUUCAGUUACAGAACAGUGGAACAAGUGUGUUAGUUGUGUCAUUCCUGCAAAAUGAAUGGGGAAUGGGAGAGGAUGUCUUCUCUGUGUCAUACAUAGCACUGAUGCACUGAGAUGAGCCCAAACUAUAAAGACAUUAAAAAGAUGUGGAAAACAACAAAAUAGCCAAAAGAGAACCAACUUUUCUAGAGUUCUAAUCAGUUGUAUUUGUCAGCCGAUUAGUGUAUAAUGUGAUUAUAUAAAGACCUUAGCAAAACCCUUCAGGUCUAAUUCGGAAUUGGCUCAUUCUUAGCUACAAGCAAGUGCCUUUUGGUCUAGAUGGAUUUAUUUCAAGACAACUGUGAUUGGUAAUCUCCCUUGCUGCAGCCAUGUAUCUUUAGGGUGCACUGUAUGGGGUUUCUUUUUCUCUUUUCUUUCCCCCCAACUCCUAAAAUGUCUUUGAUCACUGGAAGUUCACCAUUUGAGUAUUUCCCUUUUCAUAAUGACAAAACAGCCAAUCUCAAUAGAGGCAUUUCAAUUGGAAAGAUUUUAUGUUUCAAAUUUCACAUCUGCAGGUAACUGCAUGUGAAGAUUAUAAGGGCAAAGUAGUAUAUCAAUUUUAACCUUCAAGAUUUCUUAAGUUUUGCACAUAAUUGUUUUCCCUGAUUCAUUCUUAACAUUGCAGUCUCAACUGACUGUUUUCUAUUUGUUUUCCAACAUUUUGGUUAAUUUUAAGUUUUUCCUUUGAAAUAAGGGACCUCUUUUGACCUUCAGUGCAGAUGUCAGACCAAUUCUUUGUUAUUACACUUGGUUGCCUCCUAGCUAUAUAACUUCUGAGUGUAAAUCAUUGAACUUUACCCUCUAAUGAAGUAUUGUAGAAAAUAAAUUGUAA